AUGUGGAUUGACUUGAUUGCUUGCCUCCCAUUGGACUAUUUAUUUGAAUUAGGCCUUCAAACAACAAAUCCAUGUCUUCGAUUUAAUCGGUUAAUUCGUCUACAGAGAGUUUUUAAAUUUACCAAUACUACAGAAAUGUGUGUCUCAAAACCAAAUUUAUACCGUAUAUUCUGUGUUUGUUUGUAUAUUUUAAUUUUAAUUCAUUGGAAUGCCUGUUUCUACUAUUUUAUUUCUGGCGUGUUAGGAAUUGACUCGAAUAGAUGGGUUUAUGGAAAGGCUAAUUUACAAGCAUUGCCAGAAGGUAUAGAAGACAGUUUAUCCCGUCGAUACCUCUACAGUUAUUAUUGGUCAACGUUAAUGCUUUCCAACGUUUGUGAAGUUCCUUGGCCUAUCAGAAGUUCGGAAUUUAUUAUUGUUUGUGUUGAUUUAAUGUUUGGGGUUUUAAUUUUUGCUACAAUUGUUGGAAAUGUUGGGAGUAUGAUUGCUAGCUCUGAAGCAGCUAGAAGGGAUUUUCAAUCAAGAAUUGAUAAUGUGAAACGUUUUCUUCGUCAAAGGAAUGUUAACAAAAAUUUAUUACAUAGAAUUAAUAACUGGUUUGAUUAUAUUUGGCAACAAAAUAAACAAGCAAUACUCGAUGGGCAGGAUGAUUUAGUGUUAAGUGUAUUACCAACAAAAUUGCAAGCAGAAAUUGCUAUGCAUGUACAUUUUGAGACGUUGAGGAAAGUUAGGCUUUUUCAGGACUGUGAAGCUGGUUUACUUGGUGAACUUGUUUUGAAGCUUAAAUUACAAGUCUUCAGCCCGGGAGACUUUGUUUGUAGAAAGGGCGAUGUUGGUAGAGAGAUGUAUAUAGUAAAGAAAGGCCGUCUACAAGUUGUGUCAGACGAUGGAAUGAAGAUUUUUCAUACAUUAUUGGAAGGGGCUGUUUUUGGAGAACUUAGUCUUUUAAAUAUUCCUGGCAGUAAACACGGAAAUCGUCGUUCUGCCUCAAUUCGUUCAGUUGGCUAUACAGAUUUAUUUGUUUUGAAGAAAGCAGAUUUAUGGGAAGCUUUAAGGGAAUAUCCUGAAGCGAAAAGAAUGUUGGUACAUAAAGGACGGGAAAUACUUUUAAAGGACGGGUUGUUAAAUGAAGAUGCACCUUUGGAAGAAAAAAGUCCAGAGCAGUGGAACCAGGAACUUAGGGAACAAAUUGACCGUCUUUUGGAUAAAUUGUCUCGAUUAACAGCAGAAUUUAUUAGUAAUGAAACUAAAUUAGUGGGUAGAAUAGAGUUUUUGGAGAAUAAAUUGAAACAAUAUGAUUAUCUUGAUGAGUAUAGUAGUGGUGAUGAAUUUAGCCUUUGA